AUGGUCUUCUUGGUGGAGGUCCUCUUUGUGGUGAUGUCUUGGGGUAAGAGUCAGGGUCAUGCACAGAGCAGCAGACCACUUCGGCUGCCAACCUGCUACCUGCUUCCUGCUCCCAGCGACCCUGCGGCGUCAAAAAGGAAGACGACUGGGCUGCUGUCAUUUUAUUCUUUAUGGCGGCAGCAGCAGCAGCAGCAGCAGCAUCAACAUCAUCCGUGGGACAGACAUGGUGAUAGCUUUGCCUUGCCUCGCCUUACGUUACGUCCACCCUCUACCCUCCCCUGUCACAUCCAAUUCCAUUUGCAAUCAAUCGAGCAAGUCCACAUUCCAGAGUCAGUACAGCGCUUACGAUUCCAAUCUCUUUCCUUUGGCCAUCUAUGCACAUGCCUAUCUACCAAUGCUGCCGUGCGUGGUGGUGCCUACGUCAGCUCAGUUACGCGACUGCUCGAAACCGAAUUAAUGACUCCACGUAUGGGUUUCCAGGGUUGGGCCUUGCCAUGUCAGAGAAUAGGAGAACAGAGUGCCUCUCACAAGAAUGUCCAGUUUGGUGGUCGUUGUGGAACUACAAACAUCCAAGUGAUGGCCUCUGUGAACUCCUUGCUCAUCAGGCAGACUUCAAGGGCGUGGAUGGAGCGGCGCCUCCAGCCGUUGGACCUGAACGGCGCGCGUCCGUCUGCCCGAGAUUAUUCGACUCCACCAGAAUAUCAUCCUACCUUAUUCCUGUACCGUAGUACUUCCAUUUCCACUGAUAGCGGUAUCGCUGCUAUCAUUGAUCAUCUUGUCUGCAUAGGCCGCGGCUAUUGUCGUCUCGCUUGCACAUCAUUCGUCCAAAGCACGAUUCAUAACGCUGUAUAUAGCACGCAGUAGUCUGUCGCACGACCAAAGGACGUGAUGCAAAAGCGCUCUGUGGGGCGCCACAUGCCGAUG